AUGGCAGCAUCUUUCGACGACCCCAGAUCUGUCAUCGCCUUCCUUCGCGCCAUGCAUUCCACUCCGACAUCGAAGACUUCUGAUAUGCAAGUGUCACCUGUGACUGAUGGCUCGAACCUCGACCUUGCUGUGCCUGCACCGCAGAAGGACGUGGAAUCUGGCUCCGGUGAAGACGCUCGCCCUGCUAGCGAAAGCCCACGUUGUGCUUCCCCCACGAACGUACUCACCCCAAAGAGUCCCAACAUGCCUCUCAAGACGACGAGUUCGGCUAAAACUCAGCUCACACCCACGCAGCAGAAGCUGUUGAGGAAGAAAGACGCAGCGGAGGUAAAGGCUCAACAGAGUUAUCUCUCGAUGCAGAAAGAAACGAAGGGCUACAUGGACAGUGUCAUUGAACAACACCGUCAGUCGAACGUGUCUAUGUUUGCAUCUAGCCCUGUCAAACACCCUGCUUCAGUGGCCGAACCUGGCGGUAGGACUAUCGGGAUGCCUGAGGGGAUGCCUGAGGUGGCGGCUCGUCAAUAUGCCAACGAGAUUACAAACAUUGACUCCCUCGAACAUAUCAGUUUUGCUGAAAACCGUCAUCCUGCCAAAAUGCCGACCCCAGCAUCAGGCGGUGCAAUUGCAAACGCAGGCACGGUGGACGUGACAGGUUUCACUACUGCAGACAUGCCUCGCACUCCUAGCCAGAGUGAUAACUCCAACAUCGCCGUCUCACAUUCUCCUUCUAUUGCAAUCAAAGCAGGUCAUCCAGCAGCUGAGAAUGACAGUUGUAUCAACGGAGAAGAAGACAAGGAUGAAGAGAUCAGAGAGGAUACAGAAGAUCGGGAACACCUCACACAUUUCAAAUCUUGGGGAACCCCAGCCAAGCGCAACAGACCAGCGUCCCGCGUUCGCACCGUCAUCCUUGCUGGCCUCCCACGCGCUGCAGACUUCACCUUCGUUCAGUCUCUGGUCCGCGGAGGCUCCAUCGAGACCAUGAAGCUCUCCACCGGUAAAACAGGGAGUGUCAAGGCCACUGCAUUCGUCACAUUCACUACUGGAGAUGCAUGUGACAAAUACAUGGAGAAGUAUCCAAACAGCAUAGAGGUUCGCUAUGAAGGCAAGAAAUACAUGGUUUUAGUCCAUAAGAGCACCAAUAUCGACGUGAUGAGCGGCAUGAUGCAAGGCUACCUCGACUGUGGAGCUUCUCGAGUCGUCAAGGCGACAGGGGCAGAUGAUGACUGGGGCAUUGUAGCCUUGAGCAAGCUUGCAGAAGGGAAGAACAAGGCUCGUCAAGUGGAGGCAGUGACCGAUAGUCUUCACAAUGGGGUCCGUACCAUCUUGUUUCGCUUCGCCAAUAUCUCCGAUGCCGUCAAGUUCAAGGGCACGCUCAUUCGCGAUUAUGAUUGGGAGGGCUGCCGAAUUGAGUUUGCAGAUGAUCCAUGUGCAAAGGCAACCGGGAUUCACUACGAUUGA